GGGAAAUCCACUGUAAGUACUCCAGGUCUCUAAGUCCCGAUUUCGUCUCACGCUCUCACAAUUCUCUCUCUUGAAUAAAUCUACGCUCGUUUAACCAAUUAAUUCCGCAGGAGAGAAAGAGGGUCUCCACCAGUUCUCUGCAAACAUGCUAGUUUAUCAGGAUUGUAUCACCGGCGAUGAGCUUCUGUCAGAUUCUUUCCAAUACAAGGAGAUUGAGAAUGGGAUGUUGUGGGAGGUGGAAGGAAAGUGGGUGGUUCAAGGAGCAGUCAGUGUAGAUAUUGGUGCAAACCCAUCUGCUGAAGGUGGCGAGGACGAUGAAGGUGUUGAUGAUCAAGCCGUGAAGGUUGUCGAUAUUGUUGAUACAUUCAGGCUUCAGGAACAACCGCCUUUUGACAAGAAGCAAUUUGUUACAUACAUGAAGAGGUACAUCAAGUUACUGACACCUAAACUUGAACCAGAGCAGCAAGAGUUGUUCAAGACGCACAUUUCAUCAGCAACCAAGUUCUUGCUCUCGAACCUCAGCGACCUUCAAUUCUUUGUUGGGGAGAGCAUGCAUGAUGAUGGCAGUGUGGUAUUUGCAUAUUAUAAGGAAGGGGCUACUGAUCCAACCUUUCUGUACCUUGCAUAUGGGUUGAAGGAAGUCAAGUGUUAGUCCCUUCUUUAUAUAGUGGUCUGGCAGAUUCAAGAUGGUGGUGUUUUCUAUAGUUUUAUACUCUUAUUAUAUCUUUAGCCAUGUAGUUUUCCUUUUCGAUUAAAUCCCCAGAGAUUGAAUAGAAAUGGUAGGAAGUUGUGUGGUGGGAGUUUUGGUCUCAAUUACCCAUAAUAAUAAUGUUUUUGCAUA